AAAAAAACCUUAAAUGUUACGUCACUGUCGGGGAGUCUCCGUACAAUGGGAGGGUAAUGAAGUACGUCCCGGCUGACCCAGACCCGUCCCUUUCAUUUCUCCUGGAAUGAAACGCGGGGAACAAUCCAGCCUUCCUUCCUUCCGGUCAGUACCCCCGUCCUUCUUUCUUAUCCCCUCCUUCCUCACGUCCCUGCUUUUUGUCGCCCCGGGGUGGCGCGACUACCUGCGAGCGGGCGGCGAACUUAUAUGGAGGGGAGACAGGGGGACAAGCCCCAGGGAUCGGAAUUUCCUCAGGAAUCAUCUCACCCGCUUGGGAAGCUGCGUCCCGACCUCGCGCGCGGCCCUCUGGGAGUUGUAGUUCCGUGCCCGCCGGCGCUAGCGCAGACCUCACUAACGGACGUCGCCGUAGCCCUGGGUUACGACCGCAGAAUUCGGCUCGGGAGGUUUCGGGUAGGAAGUGAGGCCGAGGCGGGCAGGUGUGUGAGCCUCACAGGUGAGGCGGCUGCUCCGGGCGGGGCGAACGUGGAACGACCGGGAGCGCGCGCGAAGCCUUCUGGGUGUUGUAGUUCGUCGGCCCGCGGAUGGUGGCCGCGGCCUCGUGGACAGAAGUGCGACCCGGGAGGGUCAUGGCGGCUGAGACCGGCGGUUCCACAGUCCCGGGCGGGUCGGGCCGAGCCCGAAGGACCCGGACCGGGGCGCGGAGCCCUCUGGGAAGUGGACCCCGUCGCGGCCCGCGCAGGCGAAGUAGCGGCCGGUGCAGUCUGCGCGCUCAGUCCGGCAUGGGUUCCGGUCCUCCGCUCCCGGUCCCCACAGACACCUGCUCGGGGCCUCCCGUCCUCUCUCCCCCAAGAACCGCCCGCAGAGCAGCCGGCUGUCCCUGCCAGAGGCCAGAGGAGGAGGGGAUGACGGCUGGGCCCCUGGACGCGUGGUUCCCGGAGGAGGUGACCUUUGAGGACGUGGCCGUGGACUUCACCCAGGAGGAGUGGGGGUGGCUGACACCUGCCCAGAGAGCCCUGCACCGCGAGGUGAUGCUGGAGACGUGGGGGCUCCUGGUCUCUGUGGGAGGUCAGAUCCCAAAACGGCCCCUCCCCUUCCCGAUGGGUCAGGAGGCAGCGCCGUGGCCGCCGGAUGAGGAGGUCCCACGAGGUGUGUGCCCAGGCUCGGACACGGGAUUGAAAAACAAGCUGUCAGCUGCGAAGCCAGACGCCUCUGAGGAACUGUCCAGCCUUGUCCUGGUGGGGAGGCUCCCGUGGGACGGUCUGUGGGGCUCUCGGGGUGAAGACGCCGAGGGGCACAGGGAACAGAGCCGCGCGAGCCUCGAUGGCCUCGGGGUGCAGGAGGCCUGCACGCCUACAAGGACAUCUGUUCAGCGGCAGCAGCCCAGGAUCGGGUUUGGGGAAAACGUAACUCUGAGCCCUCAUGUCCCAAGUCAGCCCAUGACGCCUGAAGGACAAGACCCUCCCAGGUGUGGGUCACGGGGGAAAGGCGAGAACCUGGACUCACACGUGCAACAGAAAACCAGUGCGGCAGAAAGACGCUAUGGAUGUCAGGAAGGUGCCGAGGCCUCUCGUCACAGCUCCUCACUCACCCACCAGCACCAAACACAGCCAGGAGGGAGACCGCACAACAGUCGCCAACGUGGAAAAGGCUUCUGGAGCUCUCCACUUCCCGAACCCCAGGGCGUGCUUCCUGGCGAGCAGCCCUGGGAGUGCACGCUGUGUGAGGGGUCCUCGAACCACACGGACCCACCGACCCAGCCCCUAAGAAGUCACACAGGUGAGGAGCCCCACGCAGGCAACAGAAGUGGGAAGGCUUUCAGCAGGAGUCCACUCCUGAGGAAGCAUCAGAGGAUCCACACAGGGGAGAAGCCCUACGGGUGCAAUGAGUGUGGAAAAACCUUUGCCCACAGUUCAUCCCUCAGGUACCAUGAGUCAACACAUAGUGGAGAGAAGCCCUACGAGUGCAGUCAGUGUGGCAGGGCCUUCCGGUAUAGCACACUCCUCAUUCAACAUCAGAGGAUCCACACCGGGGACAAGCCCUACAGGUGCAAGGAGUGUGGAAAAACCUUCGCCCACAAUUCAUCCCUCAGGUACCAUGAGUCGACACAUACUGGAGAGAAGCCCUAUGAGUGCAGUCAUUGUGGCAAGGCCUUCUCAUAUAGCUCAUUCCUCAGUCAACAUCAGAGGAUUCACACCGGGGACAAGCCCUACAGGUGCAAGGAGUGUGGAAAAACCUUCUCCCACAAUUCAUCCCUCAGAUACCACGAACGGACACAUACUGGAGAGAAGCCCUAUGAGUGCAGUCAGUGUGGCAAGGCCUUCCGGCAGAGCAUACACCUCAGUCGACAUCAGAGGAUCCACACGGGGGAGAAGCCCUACAGAUGCAAGGAGUGCGGAAAAGCCUUCAACCAGAACGCAUUACUCAGACAACACAAAUGGACACAUACUGGAGAGAAGCCCUACAGGUGCAAGGAGUGUGGAAAAACCUUCACCCAUGACUCGUUACUCAGGCACCACGGACGGACACAUACUGGAGAGAAGCCCUAUGGAUGCAGUGACUGUGGCAAGACCUUCCGGCAGAGCAUACACCUCACUCAACAUCAGAGGAUCCACACGGGGGAGAAGCCCUAUGAGUGCAGUGACUGUGGCAGGGCCUUCAGAUACAGCUCAUCCCUAACCAAACACCAGCGAGUCCACACCGCGGAGAAGCCCUAUGCGUGUGACGGGUGUGGCGGGGCCUUCAGACAGCAGUCUUCACUCAUUCAGCAUCAGAGGACCCACACGGGGGAGAAGCCCUACGAGUGUGACGAGUGUGGCAGAGCCUUCAGCAAGAGCUCCCGCUUCAUAGAGCACCAGAGGAUCCACACCAAAGAAAAACCCUACACGUGCAGCGUAUGUGGGAAGUCCUUCAGUCGGAGCUCAUCCCUCGGCCAGCACGAGAGGACACACACUGGGGAAAAGCCAUAUGAAUGUCCAGAUUGUGGGAAGUCCUUUGGGCGGAGCACUAAUCUCUCCCGUCACCGAAGAAUCCACACAGGAGAAAAGCCAUUUGAGCGCAGGGACUAAGGGAAGGCCUUCACACAAAGCUCCUCCCUGACCAAGCACCAGAGAACUCAUACUGGGUAGAGGCACUCUACAGGAGCUGGGCCAUUGGAAGCCUUAAGCCACCGUUCAUCUCUUCCCUUCCUACACUUGACCCAGUCAUACUCAGGGACAAUAUCACAGACUUAUGCACACACCUUCACACACUAGUAGUAUGCUCUACAGGGGCUGGGCCAAUGGCUUAAGCCACAUGUGUCAAACACAAGGCCCGCGGGCCAAAUCCGUCCCGCCAGGCCUUGCAAUGUGGCCCGCACCGCACUGUCAUCACUGCACUCCGCUGC